UCUUCUCUGUCUCUCUCUCUCUCUCUCUCUCUUACUCUUUUAUUUUAACUAAACCCAUAAACCAGCACUACCCAACACACUCACACAAGGUAAAGAAAAAAGAGCCGUUCUCUCUGUUUCUCCUCUGUCUCACACUCUCUCUCUACUCUCCACCGUUUUUCUCUCUAGAGGCUUUGCUUUGUCCUUGUUCCUGUUCCUGUUCCUUCUUUCUCUUUGUGAUAAUGUAAAUCAAACAAAAGCUAAGGAAAAAAAUAUUGGCUUUUGAUUUGUGAAAAAAACAGUCUAAAGUCCUGGAAAUGGCUUCUUUGAGCUUCUUAGUUGUGUUUCUUGUCCACAUUUGCUUAUUUGCGAGCUUUUCUUCUGCUGAGGAUCCAAAUAUUUACCACCAGUUUGAGGUCUCUUACAUCACUGCUUCUCCUCUGGGUGUCCCUCAACAGGUUAUUGCCAUUAAUGGAAAGUUUCCAGGUCCUACUAUCAAUGUAACUACUAACAACAAUGUCAUUGUCAAUGUUCGGAACAAAUUGGACGAGAAUCUCCUCAUUACUUGGGCUGGAAUUCAGCAACGCCGUAGUUCAUGGCAAGAUGGGGUUCCUGGAACCAAUUGUCCAAUUCCGCCAAAGUGGAAUUGGACUUACAAUUUUCAGGUUAAGGAUCAGAUUGGGAGCUUCUUUUACUUUCCUUCUCUUAAUCUUCAGAGAGCAUCUGGAGGAUUUGGUGGCUUUAUUAUAAAUAACCGGGCUAUAAUUCCCAUUCCUUUUGCAACCCCAGAUGGGGAUAUAACCAUUUUGAUUGGUGACUGGUACACAAGAAACCAUACGGCUUUGAGAAAGGCCCUUGAUGCCGGGAAAGACCUCGGGAUACCAGAUGGUGUUCUUAUCAAUGGGAAAGGCCCUUACCAAUACAACAAUACACUUGUUCCGGACGGCAUCGAUUAUGAAACAUUUGAAGUAAAACCAGGUAAAACCUACCGUCUUCGUGUCCACAAUGUUGGGGUGUCAAGUACUCUAAAUUUCAGGAUCCAGAACCAUAAUCUUCUUCUAGCAGAGUCAGAGGGAUCAUAUACAGUGCAACAAAAUUAUACAAGCUUAGAUAUACACGUCGGGCAAUCUUUUUCUUUUCUGGUAACCAUGGAUCAGAAUGCAAGUUCUGAUUAUUACGUUGUAGCAAGUGCUAGAUUUGUGAAUGAGACACACUGGAAAAAAGUUACUGGAGUUGCAAUCCUGCACUAUACUAAUUCUAAAGGAAAAGCAGCUGGCCCCCUUCCAGAGGCACCAAAUGAUGAAUUUGACAAAACCUACUCAAUGAACCAGGCAAGAUCAAUCAGAUGGAAUGUAUCAGCUAGUGGUGCACGCCCUAAUCCACAGGGGUCUUUUAGAUACGGCUCAAUCAAUGUAACUGAUGUUUAUGUGUUGAAAAACAAGCCACCUGUAGUGAUCAAUGGGAGACGCCGGACAACACUCAGCGGAAUCUCAUUUGCAAAUCCUUCUACGCCAAUCAGGCUUGCUGACGAGUUCAAAGUGAAGGGUGUUUAUAAGCUUGACUUCCCAACUAGGCCACUUACGGGAGCACCCAGACUGGAAACAUCUGUGAUUAAUGGAACAUAUAGAGGAUUUAUAGAAAUUAUACUACAGAACAAUGACACCAAGAUGCAGAGCUACCAUGUAAAUGGAUAUGCAUUUUUUGUUGUCGGGAUGGACUAUGGUGACUGGACAGAGAAUAGCAGGGGCACAUAUAAUAAAUGGGAUGGGAUAGCCCGGUCCACAAUACAGGUUUAUCCUGGGGCAUGGACAGCAAUCUUGAUAUCUCUGGACAAUGUUGGAGUCUGGAACAUUAGAGCUGAAAACCUCGACUCAUGGUAUCUUGGCCAAGAAACUUAUAUCAAAGUUUUCAAUCCAGAAGCAACUAACAAAACUGAGUUGCCUCUACCAGACAAUGCCCUAUUUUGUGGCGCCCUCAGCAAAAUGCAGAAGCCAGAAGAUAUCUCUUCGGCAACGUCAAUCACUAUCAAUGAAUCAAAGUUGUUCUUCACGCUGCUGAUGAUCAUCUGCACUUUGAUCCCCAUUUUCUACUAGAGGUUUUGGUUUUCCAGAGCCAGUGCCCCUUCUAUGUUUGUCGGAGCCUGGUUUCUUAGUGAGAGGUUUGUGGAUGAGUGCUUAGGUUUGUAAGUUUAGGUUUGUUGAUAUAAAUCUUUAGUAAGUUUGACAUUCUUUUCUUCUUUUUUUCAUUUCGUUUUCGAAUGUUCUCAAUGCUCCACGGCUUCCUCGUUUAAUUUUAUCGGGAUUUAUAA